UUCCAAUCAAUAGCUGAAUGAUAACUUUUUGUAACGAGUUGAUAGGUCUUUCACUUACAACUCACCUACUAGGUACUUAACCUUACCUAUUCUUCGAUUUCAGAAUGUGUACUUAUUGAAAACGUUUGUCAACCAACCUACUUAAUUGAUUAUUUCAGAUGUGCAGUAUUUGUACUAAUAACAUCUGAUAAGGAACUAAAUAAUAAUUAUACAGAUAUGGAAUGCUUGUGAACCAUACACCUACCUAUUCGCCAAUAUUCGCCCCAUGGCAUUUCAUCUACUUUCUUGAAAUGCAGUGUUAAAAGUACUGACCUAUGCAGAAAGAAUAAAUAUAAAAAUGGAACUAGGAAAUUCCAGUCUUCUGCAUUUGGGAGACAUUGUCUCCUUAUAUGCAGAAGGCAAUGUUAGUGGAUUCUUGAGUACAUUGGGCCUUGUUGAUGACCGUUGUGUAGUAUGUCCUGAUGCUGGAACACUCACUAUCCCUCCAAAGAAAUUCAGAGAUUGCUUGUUCAAAAUAUGUCCUAUGAACAGAUAUUCAGCUCAGAAACAAUUUUGGAAAGCUGCAAAACAGAGCAUUAACUCUAACACAGAUACUGGCUUGCUUAAAAGGCUACAUCAUGCAGCAGAAAUUGAGAAGAAACAGAAUGACUCUGAAAACAAGAAAUUGUUAGGUUCCAAUGUACAGUAUGGAAAUGUUGUCCAGUUAUUACAUUUGAAGUCUAACAAGUACUUAACAGUUAACAAACGCUUACCAGCAUUGCUAGAAAAGAAUGCUAUGAGAGUGUACUUAGAUAGCAAUGGGAAUGAAGGAUCUUGGUUUUAUAUCUUGCCAUUUUACAAACUUAGAUCUACAGGUGAUAAUAUUGUACUUGGUGAUAAAGUCAUAUUGAACCCAGUUAGCCCUGGACAGCAGGUUCUCCAUGUUUCUAACCAUAAAUUACCAGACAAUCCAAGCUGCAAAGAAGUUAACAUUGUUAAUGGCAAUACAUCAUGGAAAGUAACAUUAUUUCUAGAACACAAAGAGAAUCUAGAAGAGAUUUUAAAGGGUGGUGAUGUUGUGAGACUAUUUCAUGCUGAGCAAGAGAAGUUCUUGACUAUGGAUGAAUACAGAAAAAGACAUCAUGUUUUCUUGAGGACUACAGGACGUACUAGUGCCACAGCUGCUACUAGUAGUAAAGCCUUGUGGGAAGUGGAAGUCGUCCAGCUGGACGCCUGCCGCGGGGGCGCCGGCCACUGGGACUCCGUCUUCAGAUUCAAGCACCUGGCGACCGGCCAAUACCUGGCGGCGGACGUGGAUCACGACCACGUCGACGCAGACGAAGAAAAGAAACUCAAUGAGUACGGUAGCGAGAUCGGCGUUUAUCACCUGGUGGCAGUGGACUUCCUCAACGACAUUGCGACGCUGUUCGAGCUGGACCCGACCAGCCUGACCCGGGGGGACUCUCUGGUGCCCCAGUCCAGCUACGUGAGGCUGCACCACAUGAUAACAAAGAGCUGGGUGCAUUCGACGUCGGAGUCGAUUGACAAGGACGAGGAGAAGCCUGUCAUGUCGAAGGUGGGGUGUGCUGUGACUAAGGAGGAUAAGGAGGCGUUUGCGCUGAUAGCGGUGUCGCCGGUCGAGGUUAGGGAUCUGGAUUUCGCUAAUGAUGCUUGCAAAUUGUUGUCGUCUUUGUCUGUCGAGCUGGAGCAAGGGACUAUCUCUCAUAAUGAGAGAAGGUCAUUAACCACACUAUUGCAUGAUAUCGUGUAUUUCGUCGCUGAACUGGAAAAUGAACAGAAUAAGGCUGAAGCCCUUGAGCUUAUCGUGACCAACCCAAACAGAGAUAGACAAAAAUUAUUGAGAGAACAGGCUAUCCUGAAGCAACUAUUCAAAAUUCUACAAGGACCGUUUUUGGAUACCGGUGGUGACGGCCCAUUCUUGAAAAUAGAAGAACUCGGCGACCCUCGUCAUGCGCCUUACAAACAUAUAUUUAGACUUUGCUAUAGAAUACUGAGGCUAAGUCAACAGGACUAUAGGAAGAACCAAGAAUACAUAGCCAAACAUUUUGGGUUCAUGCAGAAACAGAUAGGUUAUGACAUCCUAGCAGAAGACACCAUAACGGCUUUACUACACAACAACAGGAAGCUCUUAGAGAAACACAUAACUGCAGCAGAAAUCGAAACGUUCGUCGGCUUAGUGAGAAAAAACAUGCAUAACUGGGAAUCUCGUUUCCUCGAUUACCUCUCAGACCUCUGCAUCUCGAAUAAAAAAGCCAUUCCUGUCACCCAAGAGUUGAUCUGCAAAAGCGUUCUCAGUCAGAAAAAUUCCGACAUACUCAUGGAAACGAGAAUGAUGAAAACACAGGUGGAAUUGCAAGAGGUCAAUGAAGACUGCCCUCUGGAAAGUGAAGAAGAAAUGGAACCAAUGAUAACCAUUGUGGAGGAGUGCCAGAUCGUCCUGUUGUACAACAACCGGCAGAAAUCCAUGUUGCUGACUGAUCUUUGCAGGAACGCCACGUUGGGAAGCAAAGAAGACCAAGCCACUCUGGACUAUUACAGACAUCAGCUUGAUUUGUUCUCGAAUAUGUGCUUGAACAGGCAAUACCUGGCACUCAACAACCUGUCGCCUCAUCUUGAUAUUGAGUUGAUACUCAAGUGCAUGGCUGACGAGAACGUCAGUUUCGACCUCCGGGCUUCGUUUUGUCGACUCAUGCUGCAUUUGCAUGUGGAUAGGGAUCCACAGGAGCCAGUCACGCCUGUCAAAUAUGCUAGGCUCUGGUCGGAAAUUCCAUCGCAGAUGUCUAUAUCUGAUUAUGAUUGUAACAAAACUCCGAAUCCUAACAAAGAAGCUGUUAGAGCCAAGUUUUCCUCAACAAUAGCCUUUGUUGGAGGUUAUCUUUGCAAUGUUGUAGCAAAAAUGUGGUCGUUUGCUGAUCAAGAACAAAACAAACUAACAUUCGAGGUGGUGAAAUUAGCUAGAGAAUUAAUAUAUUUUGGCUUUUACAGUUUCUCAGACUUGCUUAAAUUAACAAAAACGCUUCUUAGUAUUUUGGAUUGUGUUUCUGAAAGUGAUUUCUUGGAAGGUCGGGUACCAACCGUAGAUAUAGAUUCAGCCGAAGGCGGUGUACUGAGGACUAUCGGUGAUAUGGGCGCUGUCAUGACGUCAUUGACCUUGGGGUCUGGUGGUAGGGCCGGAAUACCGAAGAACUCUGGGCAGCACGGGAAAGCUGUACAGUACAUGAAGGAAUACCCACUGGUUAUGGAUACAAAAUUGAAGAUUAUCGAAAUACUACAGUUCAUUCUGGAUGUACGAUUGGAUUAUCGUAUCAGCUGCCUCCUGAGCAUAUUCAAGCAAGAGUUCGACGAAUCAGAAAAAAACGCGUCAGGCGACGUGAACCUCGGCCAAAAAAACAUCGACCUCGAACUCGUAGGCAGCCAAGCAGAAGGCAUUUUCGGCAGCAGCGAAGAAUGCGCCGUUCUGGACCUAGACGGCCACGGUGGCAGAACAUUCCUCAGGGUCCUCCUGCAUCUAACCAUGCACGACUACCCACCUCUAGUAUCCGGGGCUCUGCACCUGCUCUUCAGGCACUUUAGUCAGCGCCAAGAGGUCUUGCAAGCUUUCAGACAGGUCCAGCUGCUGGUAUCCGACAGCGACGUGGAGUCCUACAAGCAGAUCAAAGCUGACUUGGAUGUUCUGAGGCAGUCAGUCGAGAAGUCUGAGCUGUGGGUUUACAAAUCCAAGUGCCUGGAGGACCAUACGCCCACUAAAAAGAGUAAAGACGAUGAGGAAGAUGGCGCAGCGAGCACUGUGAAGACUCCUCUGGUUAGUGUACUGGAGAAAAAAGGAUCAGCCAUAAAUCUUGACGUGGGUCCGCCUCUGCAUCCUGAGCAGGCAGACGAAUACAAGAAGAUUCAGCAAAUCCUGAUAAGGAUGAACAAGCUUUGCACUCAGGGAUCUCCUAGUGGGGUGGUGAAGCCUCAGAAGCAUGAGCAACGUUUGCUGAGGAACGUUGGGGUUCAUACGGUUGUGUUGGAUUUGCUGCAAGUUCCGUAUGACGAGAAGGAAGAUAUCAGGAUGAAUGAGCUCAUGCGACUUGCUCAUGAGUUUUUGCAGAAUUUCUGUUUGGGGAAUAAGCAGAAUCAAGUGCUGCUUUAUAAGCAGUUGGAUCUCUUCCUUAACCCAGGGAUUCGUGAUGCUCAAACAGUUUGUGCAAUAUUUCAAGACAAUUCGAAGUUGUGUAGUGAAGAGAAUGAGAAGGUUAUACAACAUUCUGUUCAUUGCAUUGCUACUCAUGGAAGGCACGUGCAAUAUUUGAAGUUCCUACAGACUAUAGUGAAAGCAGAAAAUAAGUUCAUUAGAAAAUGCCAAGACAUGGUGAUGCAAGCGUUGAUAAAUGCCGGUGAAGACGUUCUAGUUUUUUACAAUGAUAAAGCCUCUUUCAAUCAUUUCAUAGAAAUGAUGAGGUCUGAACGGCAUUGCAUGGAUGAAAGUAGCCCAUUGAAGUAUCACGUGGAGUUGGUCAAGCUUUUAGCAUGUUGUACAAUGGGAAAAAACGUUUACACGGAGAUCAAGUGCCACAGUUUGUUACCUCUAGAUGAUAUUGUGGCUAUGGUUAUUCAUCCCGAUUGCAUACCAGAGGUUAAAGAAGCUUAUGUCGGUUUUUUGAAUCAUUGUUACAUUGACACCGAGGUUGAAAUGAAGGAGAUAUAUAAUUCAGGUCAUAUGUGGACACUUUUCGAGAAAUCGUUUUUGGUGGACAUGGCUGAUAUAGCAACGGCGCCCAACGAUAGGAAAAAUCCUGAUCGGGCACUAGAAAACUAUGUCACUAACUGUGUAAUGAAUAUAAUUUCUACGUUUUUCAAUAGUCCAUUUUCUGAUCAAAGUACCACAGUUCAGAAACAUCUGCAUGAAGCCAGGGUAUAUUGGAGCGACUCUACAAUGGAUGAUUAUGAUCCUUUCUCGGGUAAUGUUCAACUCAAACAAUCGCCAUUCUCUACUAACACAAGGCAACCCAUUUUUGUACAGCUAUUGCAAUCGGCAUUCAGAGUAUCUCAAUGUCCUUGGCUAGUGGCAUCACAACGCUUUAAUGUUGAAAAUUGUAUUCGCACCCUAUCCGAAGUUGCAAAAAACAGAGGGAUAGCUAUUCCCCUAGAUUUAGAAAGCCAAGUGGCUGCUAUGUUCAAUAGAGCUACUAUUUUAACAAGACAAACCAGUAAAUGGUUGCAAGCUUCCAAAACACCGAAAAUUGAAAGGUCUCAAUCACAAUUGAUGAGAUUGGACAGAAGCAUUAUUGAAGGACUACAAGAUAUUGUGUCUGUUUUGGAAGACCAAUUGAAGCCUUUGGUACAAUCUGAGCUAUCACUUCUUGUUGAUGUUCUUUAUAGACCUGAACUCCUCUUUCCACCAGGGACAGAGCCACGUAAGAAAUGUGAAAGUGGAGGUUUCAUCCGAAGGCUUAUCAAACACACUGAGAAACUGCUUGAAGAAAAAGAGGAAAAGUUAUGUGUGAAAGUAUUGAGAACCUUACGAGAGAUGAUGGCAAUAGACUGCGAAUAUGGGGAGAAGGGUGAUGUUUUGCGAAACAGUCUCCUAGCAAGAUACUUUGGAAAAGCGUUCAUCCAUAAUAAUAAUUCUGUAGAAUUGGGCAGUAUUUUGAUCUCGCCUGCUACGCAUGGCCCUGGAGCUAAAAUUCUGAGCAGAGCUGGGAGGACCCUACAUGAAGUCCAAACACAUCUCAAUAGGGAAGGAGCUUCAGAUUUGGUUGUAGAGUUGGUUAUCAAAUCUGGAAACUCUGCCUCAAUAUUCAGUGAGGCUGUUGAACUUGGUAUAGCCCUUCUAGAGGGAGGAAAUCCUAUCAUACAGAAUAGUAUGUUCACCAAAUUAGUCGGGGGUGACAUCAGUUUAUCAUUCUUCAGGGUAUUCCACGAUAAGAUGAAGGAUUCUCAGCAAGAGAUAAAAUCCACUGUGACUGUAAAUACGUCAGAAAUGGCGGCAAAAGUGCACGAGGAUAAACAGGAUGGCAAGGAGUCUGAAAAACACUCGAAGAAGCACGGCAGCAAGACCAAUGGUAUCCUCAUAAGCAACGAGCUCAGAGAGGAACUGAGCCGUGCAGCAGAAGCUACUGCUCAAGCCUAUGCUCAUAUACGAGAAGAUGGUACAGGUACUGGAACUGCAUCAGCUCUAGAAGAUAUCUUAGCAGAAAAAUCAGAAAAACAGCGUGAACGAGAUGAACAGAACGGUUUGUCCAAUAAAAUUCUGAUCAUGCAGCCUAUUCUGAGGUUCCUACAGCUCCUAUGCGAGAACCACAACGCUGCAUUACAAAAUCUCCUACGCAACCAAAACAACAAGAGUAAUUUCAAUCUAGUAUCAGAAUCUCUGAUGUUCUUGGAUUGCAUUUGUGGCUCAACAACCGGAGGACUGGGACUCUUAGGACUGUACAUCAACGAAAACAACGUAUCCCUCAUAAACCAAACAUUGGAAACCUUGACCGAGUAUUGCCAGGGACCUUGCCACGAAAACCAGAACUGCAUAGCCACGCACGAGUCCAACGGCUUAGACAUCAUCACAGCCUUGAUCCUGAACGACAUCAACCCCCUAGGCAAGUCCAGGAUGGAUCUGGUCCUGGAACUGAAGAACAACGCGUCCAAGCUGCUCCUAGCCAUCAUGGAGAGCAGAGGGGACAGCGAAAACGCCGAACGCAUACUAUCCAACAUGAUUCCCAAGCAACUUGUCGAUGUGGCUUGUAACGCGUUUCACCAAGAAACCGAGGACGAUGACGUGGACGACACGAACGUGCCCGAGGACAUGGUGUCUCCGCGUGACGUGGGACACAACAUUUGGAUUCUGUGCCACCAGCUGGCGCAGCACAACAAAGACUUGGCGUCGUUGCUCAAGCCGUCCGAGUCUGGGGAUCCUAAGACUCAGAAGGCGGUGUCUCAUUACGCGUCUCACACAGCGCAGAUCGAGAUCGUUAGGCAGGAUAGAACGUUGGAGCAGAUCGUGUUUCCCAUACCGGAGAUCUGCGAGUAUCUGACUCAGGAUACUAAGAUCAGGGUUCUCAAUACUGCUGAGAGGGAUGAUCAGGGUUCGAAGGUCGUCGAUUUUUUUGAUCGUACCGACCAUAUGUUCAACGAAAUGAAGUGGCAGAAGAAACUUAGAGCUCAACCUGUAUUGUUUUGGGUCAGUAACUAUAUGUCCUUAUGGAGCAAUAUCCUAUUCAACUGUGCCGUACUUAUUAAUUUAAUUGUAGCUUGUUUCUAUCCCUUCGACAAUGUGGUACCAACUAUAAGUUCCACAAUAUCUGUACUUAUCUGGGUUGCCAUGUUAUCUUCAUCAGCCAUAGUCAUAACACUGCCUAGGCAAACAGGCAUUUGGACUCUGGUAGCCUCGACAAUUCUCAGACUGAUAUACUCGCUGGGACCUGAACCGACCCUUUGGUUGCUGGGAACAGUAACAAUUCUAUUGAAAAUCAUACAUCUAGUCAGUAUAAUGGGUAACCAUGGUACGGUCACGAAAACAUAUCAGCAAAUACUAACAGAUGCCGAACUAGUUUACCACCUAGCCUACCUUGUUUUUUGCAUGUUAGGACUUGUAAUGCACCCGUUUUUCUACUCUGUUUUGUUAUUCGAUGUGGUGUACCGGGAAGAAACUCUGCUGAACGUAAUUCGUUCAGUUACAAGAAAUGGCCGGUCUAUUGUAUUGACUGCUGUCCUAGCUUUGAUUCUGGUUUACAUGUUCUCGAUUAUUGGGUACAUGUUCUUCAAAAACGACUUCAUUGUUAGUGUUAACAAAAAAGAUGAGUCCUGUGAAAGCAUUUCAGAAAUGACCGGUAGAACCUACAAGGAAGAUGAAACCGGGAAAUAUUGUGAAUUGGUAGAUGAUGGCGAAGAGAGAAAAGAAAGGGCCUGUGAUUCUUUGAUAAUGUGCAUCAUCACAACUUUGAACCAAGGUCUGAGGAACGGAGGCGGUAUUGGUGAUAUACUGAGGGCUCCCAGUAGUGAAGAGUCUUUGUUUGUAGCCAGAGUCGUGUAUGAUCUGCUGUUCUUCUUCGUUGUUAUCAUUAUUGUACUUAACCUCAUUUUUGGUGUCAUCAUCGACACGUUCGCCGAUUUGAGAUCUGAGAAACAACAGAAGGAACUCAUCCUGAAAAACACUUGUUUCAUCUGUGGAUUGAAUAGAUCAGCGUUCGAUAAUAAGAUAGUGAGCUUCGAAGACCACACCAAAUGCGAGCACAACAUGUGGCACUAUUUGUACUUCAUCGUCCUCAUAAAAGUGAAAGAUCCCACCGAAUUCACCGGACCUGAGAGUUACGUUUACGCCAUGGUCAAAGGCUCGAAUCUGGAGUGGUUCCCAAGGCUACGUGCCAUUUCAUUGGCGGCAGUGGAAGGGGAAGGGGAACAGAUCGAGUUCAAGAGUUUCCAGUCGCAACUCCAGAGAACCGAGCUGCUGGUCACUACCCUCUCCCAGCAACUCAUGGAGUUGAAAGACCAGAUGGCGGAGCAGAGGAAACAGAAGCAGAGGAUGGGGCUCUUGAGCUCUGCCUCUGCCUAUUUGCAGACGUCAAACUUACCUCAGAUCUAAUAGUAGGGUUCGUAGAUUGUGCUAGUCUUAUGAUUUUUCUUCAGUGCAACAGUUUACUGAGUACUUAGGAAAGCGCUGUUGUUGUUUAGAACUUGCAAUGCUCAAGAAUUCGAGGAUUUAGAGAAUAUUAUAGCUGACAAUAAGGAUUGGCCAAAUUAUUCUUCAGGAAAUUUUAUGACAGUUCACUAUACCCACACAAGAUUACAAGCCAGUAUGCCAUCUUCUUAUGAAAUCUUUCAAUUUCGCGAAGUGUUAAUGUUGUUCCAGAUGCAGAUUUUGAGUAUUCAUACACCUCCCGCGUCUUAAGAUAAUAAAGCUUCGUUAUUUUUUGAAGGUUAACAUCCUCUAUUUGUUUUCCAAAACUUAGAUUGGCUAUCUGACAGUUUUCGAGUAAAAUGAUUGAAUAAUUAUGUCAUAUUGGUGGUUGAUUCUUUCUUUCUGACCAGAUAAAUGAAUGUAGGUGAUAUAUCUUAUUUAUGUUCUAACCUCUUUUUUCAGGUUAUUCCUGCAUAUCUCUAACAAUAUCUUUCCCGGUUUUACCGAAAGUGCUUCGGAAAUUGACUUUAAGCCUAAAGUUUGAAUUCAACAUAUCUGUCCGAGGUGUGGAGAGUCUAAAUUUUGGAAAAUAAACAAGGGUUUUGGAAUAUAGAUAUCGAUAGUGCUUUCGGUCGAAGAAUCUGAUGAAACAAUACGAGUUCCAACAAUUCUGAAUUGAUAGUUGUGUAAUAUGAAGAUGCCAGUCAUGCUAGUAAUCUCGUGGUCAUCCCGUAGAUCUGUUGAUGAAGUGUAGCGCUUAAGUGAUAUUUACCGUACUUUCGAGUCAAAUUACUGGUUAUAUCAGUGUAUGGUUUGACUCAUAAUGAAUCUCAAAGAGGCACUUUCAUUGAUUGAACAUACCAUUUUUCUGAUUCUGUUUCAACAAUUGAUAUUUGUGUAUUUUUUUAUUUAGAUCUUGGUUUACAAGAGAGAAUUAUUAUAUACCACCAAACAUAUUUCAGAAAAGAGAACAUUUUAUACAUUUAUUUCACACAAAGCUUGACAUGAAGCUUAGUAUACCUACUCUGUAUAAUGAUUGAAAACAUUGUAUCAACAAGGUUGUAUUCAGGAGAUAUGUUUGAAAAACAAAAUUGUUUUAUUAGUGUUUGUUGGAUUUAAAUAUUCUGUACAAAUUUUAUCUUCAAUUUGAAUAAAUCUAUAUAUAUUGUGUUGAAUAACGAUCGUCAUUUCCAUACAUUUCCAUCAAAUAUCCAACCCAGACUAGCUAAGUAGACUAAGUUCACUAUUUCGAAAUUUUCAUUGACUAAUUUUAUAGACAGUAAUUAAAACAUGGAAUUGUAUUGGUUGAUACAUAAUACUAGAAAAAACGGAAGAAAUUUUUCUUGACAAGUUGGAUGAGAAAAUAUAAUCUCAUCAAAGGUCUGUGUGAACAUUCUCGAAAUUCAGAGAAAAGUUGUGACCCUGUUUCAUCUAACCGAUGAGCUCCUCGUGUGUGAUCCUCUUCUUGAGACAUUUCUCAGACUAUAAGUCCUCUCUCGAUCAAGUGAUCUCGUGUCGGUCUUCAAACAUAGAGCUUGGACAAAACUCCUGCGAAAAUUUCUUGACAUAAAUCCAUAGAUGAUAGGGUUG